CUGCUGGGAGGUUGCCUUGCGGUGUUGGGUUCUGCUCUUGUAAUAGUUUCACCGUCAGAUGUGCGGCCGGGAGUGAGUUUCGCGGCUUCGCAAGUCUCAGGGGCUCCGGCGUGCUGAGCGGGGUGGGACUGGGGCGAAGAAGUGAGGGGCGCUUCUGAAGGGUCCCACGCUCGGCCCCCGGGGGUGCGCAGAAACCGUAAUUUUGAACCCACAGCUACGCAAGCAUCUGCGACUGAAUUUUUCUGUUUGUGCGACGGCGGUGCUAUCCUGAAUAGAAAUUUGUCUUUGAGCUUUGCUCUGUAAAACUUGGAGAAAUUAAAUAGUACUUCCAGAAACUAUCAAGAAGGAAAAUGUCUGUGACCUUGCAUACAGAUGUGGGAGAUAUCAAAAUAGAAGUCUUCUGCGAGAGGACACCCAAAACAUGUGAGAAUUUCUUGGCUCUUUGUGCCAGUAAUUACUACAAUGGCUGUAUAUUUCAUAGGAAUAUCAAGGGCUUCAUGGUUCAAACAGGAGAUCCAACAGGUACUGGAAGAGGAGGUAACAGUAUCUGGGGCAAGAAGUUUGAGGAUGAAUACAGUGAAUAUCUAAAGCACAGUGUUAGAGGUGUUGUAUCUAUGGCAAAUAAUGGCCCGAAUACGAAUGGAUCUCAGUUCUUCAUCACUUAUGGCAAGCAGCCACAUUUGGACAUGAAAUACACAGUAUUUGGAAAGGUAAUAGAUGGUCUGGAGACUUUGGAUGAAUUGGAGAAGUUACCAGUAAAUGAGAAGACAUAUCGACCUCUUAAUGAUGUGCACAUUAAGGACAUAACUAUUCAUGCCAACCCAUUUGCUCAGUAGCUGUAAUAGACGUGGAAGAUACUUAGACUGUUCACUGGAACAAGCCCAGUGUGGUUUACCCAGUUUUGAUUAUGUCAGAGACUGUUGUUUACAGUAAGGUCAUCUAUCUAAGCUCCAGGAGCCCCACAGCUUUUACCCCCGUUCUUCCACAUAUUCUGUACCAUUGCUAUUGUUCAAUAUAUUCAGUAUAAAUAAUGCCUUGUUUUUAUU